AUGAGUCGAAAGGAUCCAGCCUGGAAGUACGCGAAAGAAAUUCCUGUACCAGGAAAAUUAUAUAAAUAUCUUGAAUGCAACUUUUGCCAACAAGAUAUUAAGGGUGGAGUUGGUAGAAUGAAGGACCAUCUUGCUGCUACGCAUAAGAACGUGAGGGCUUGCCCAAAAGUUCCUGAUGAAGUGAAAGAAGAAAUUUUGAAGUACUUGAAGAAGGGGACAACAGACAAAGAAAAACGCCAGGACCAAUUCAACGAUAUGGUAGAGUCUGGAGCUUACUUCCACGACAGUUCUAAUCCUAUCCAUGGUGAUGAUGGUGACAUGAGGAGCAUUAGAGGGCCGAUGGAUAAGUACCUCGUUCAUGUGGAUGAUGAAAAUAUUGAUGGCCAAGAGAAGCACGCUGCAAAUCCACCCCAAGAUAUGUCUCAACAUAUCAAAGAAGCUAGAAAGCAAGUGGCAAUGGACAUAGGGAGGUUUUUCUUCGAGAAUGGGAUUUCAUUCAACUGCAUCGAGUCUCCUGCGUUUGUGAACAUGUGUCGGUCCAUCGGAUUGUAUGGAAAAGGAUUGAAGGUUCCAUCUAGACAAGAGUUGAGUACAUGGAUUUUGAGGGAAGAAGUAAAGACUACGGACGUGAUAGUUGAAGAUGUGAAGAGAAGUUGGAUACAAACUGGUGUAUCCAUCUUAUCUGAUGGUUGGAAAGACAUGCGAGGGAGAAGCUUGAUCAAUUUCUUAGUCAACAACCCCCAUGGUACUGUUUUUCUAAGGUCCGUUGAUGCUUCAGAUGCUGUUAAAGAUGCCAAUUUGCUAUUUCAACUUCUAGAUGAGAUUGUGGAAGAAGUUGGAGAGGAACUAGUGGUGCAAGUUGUGACUGAUAAUGCUAGCAACUACAAGGCCGCCGGAAAACUAUUGAUGGAGAAGAGGAAGCGUCUUUAUUGGACACCAUGUGCUGCGCAUUGUAUUGAUUUGAUGUUGGAGAAGCUUGGAGAGCUACCACAACACAAGAAUGCAUUGAUGAAAGCAAAGAAAGUGAGUAACUUUAUCUACAAUCAUGGAUUGGUGUUGGCAAUGAUGAGAAAGCAUACAGAUAGAGAGCUUAUUCGUCCGGCAACGACUAGAUUUGCUACAGCUUUCUUGACCUUGGAGAGUAUGAUGCAGUUAAGGCAACCACUACAAGCUAUGUUCACAUCUGCAGAUUGGGAAAGGACUACGUGGUCCAAAAAAAGUGAUGGAAAAGAGGUUAAGAAGAUAAUCUUAAGUGAUCAGCGAUUUUGGCGUGCUGUUGAAUAUGCCCUAAACACUACAAGGCCAUUAGUGAAGGUCUUAAGAAUGGUGAAUGGUGAACAAAUGCCUGCAAUGGGAUUUCUCUAUGGUGCCAUGAACACAGCAAAAGAGGAAAUUGCCAAAAACGUGGGUGGACAGCUUGGGGAUUAUAAAGAGAUAUGGGAUAUCAUUGAUGCCAAAUGGGAGAAUCAAUUGCAUCACGAUUUACACGCUGCGGCAUACUUUCUAAAUCCUCGAUUUCAAUAUGGUGAAAAUUUCUCCAAGCAUCCUGAAGUUAAGAAGGGUUUAUUGUGUUGCAUGGAGAAAUUAAUUCCAUCUGCCGAUCACUUACAAGCUGAUCUUCAAUUGGAUAAUUUUCAAUCGUGCGCUGGACUUUUUGGACGAUACGCAGCCUUGGCAAGUUUCAAAACAAGAUCCCCUGGUAAUUGGUCGACUCAAUAUGGAGAUGAGAACCCUGAGCUACAAAGUAUUGAGUUUGACGUGUUCAGCUUCAGCAUGUGA